AUGACAGUCGCCAACGGAAGCCUCGAAAUGCGCAAUGGCGCAAAGCACUCAGUAACAAUGGCCAACGGCAGCUCUGACGGACACAAUGGCGUGCACUCGUCCAGCAGCGACGAAGACGAGUCAACUCGACGCAGCAGCGAUCCUCGUCCAGCAUACAAGCGCAAGAUGUCGACACCAUUGGCUCCUNCCUUUAUGGUUUCAGCUCCUGGAAAGGUCAUUGUCUACGGCGAACAUGCUGUCGUCCAUGGAAAGGCUGCUAUGGCUGCUGCCAUCUCACUCCGUUCCUACAUGCUCGUCACCACGCUCUCCAAGUCACGCCGUACCAUUACUUUGCGCUUCCGCGAUAUCGACCUCGACCACACCUGGGACAUUGACUCUCUCCCGUGGGAUGCCUUCUCCCACCCCGAUCGCAGAAAGCGCUACUACGACCUCGUCACCGAACUUGAUCCCGUCCUUGUCGACGCCAUGAAACCUCACAUACUCAACGUUUCUCCUCAUAUCCCACUUCACGAGCAAAAGAUACACCAGGCCGCAGCAUCGUCUUUCCUAUACCUCUUCCUUUCUCUCGGCAACAAGUCUUCGCCUGCCACCAUUUACACUUUACGUUCUACGAUACCCAUCGGCGCCGGUCUCGGUUCCAGCGCCAGCAUUUCUGUUUGCAUAGCUACUUCCCUUUUAAUUCAGGCUCGCGCUCUUUCUGGCCCGCACCCUGAUCAGAUGCCCGAAGAGGCAGAGAAACAAAUAGAGAGGAUCAAUCAAUGGUCUUUUGUGGGCGAGAUGCUCAUUCACGGCAAUCCUUCAGGAGUGGAUAAUACAGUUGCUUCAGGCGGCAAGGCUGUCUUGUUCAAACGCGCAGACUACGCAAAGCCCCCGCUAGUACUGCCUCUACGAAACUUCCCAGAGCUACCGCUACUUUUGGUGGACACGAAACAACCAAAGAGCACUGCUGCAGAGGUCGCAAAGGUGGCUCAAUUGAAGAAGACACAACCCAAGAUCGCCAACCACAUUCUGGACGCUAUAGAUAAUGUCACCGAGUCGGCACACGCCUUGAUCACCAGCCCUGACUUCGAUCCCAAGGACCCUUCAGCACUUACUCAACUCGGCGAACUGGUAUCGAUAAACCAUGGUCUACUGGUCAGUCUAGGAGUUUCACAUCCCAAACUCGAGCGUCUGCGUGAACUCGUAGAUACGGCGGGAGCUGGAUGGACCAAACUCACGGGUGCAGGCGGAGGCGGCUGCGCAUUUACUCUGCUCAAGCCAGAUCUACCUGCAGUCGGUGAAGAAAUGCCUGUCGCAGAAACGGUAAAUUCACAAGCAGAGACACUAGCACGGCUGGAGAAAGAACUCNAAAAGGAGGGCUUUGAGAAAUACGAGACAACACUUGGAGGCGAUGGUGUUGGUGUACUGUGGCCUGCCGUACUCGACAAUGGAAGCGACGAACUUGGAGGCGAGGAGAUUGACCAAGACAAGUUUGAAGCAGUCGAGGGCCGUGAAGGUGUCGAGAAGUUGGUCGGAGUCACAGGUGGAGUUCACGGAGGUGUACGAGAAGGCUGGAAGUUCUGGAGGAUAUAG